AUGUACGGCGCGGGCGGAGGCCGCGCCAAAGCUGAGCGGAAAAGCGGCGCGAAGGAGGAGGCCGGGCCCGGCGCUGCCGGCGGCGGGGCCAGCAGAGUGGAGCUCCUGGUUUUCGGCUAUGCCUGCAAGCUGUUCCGGGACGACGAGCGGGCCCUGGCCCAGGAACAGGGGCAGCAUCUCAUCCCCUGGAUGGGGGACCACAAGAUCCUCAUCGACAGAUAUGACGGACGUGGUCACCUGCAUGACCUUUCCGAGUACGAUGCCGAGUAUUCCACCUGGAACAGAGAUUACCAGCUGUCAGAAGAGGAGGCCCGAAUAGAUGCCCUGUGUGAUGAGGAGAGGUAUUUAGCCUUGCAUACGGACUUGCUUGAGGAGGAGGCCAGGCAAGAGGAAGAAUACAAGCGACUGAGUGAAGCUCUAGCGGAGGAUGGGAGCUAUAACGCUGUGGGGUUCACUUACGGCAGUGAUUACUAUGACCCCUCAGAACCAACAGAGGAAGAGGAGCCUUCCAAACAGAGAGAAAAAAAUGAGGCUGAAAAUCUGGAGGAAAAUGAGGAGCCGUUUGUUGCCCCUUUGGGAUUGAAUGUCCCACCCGAUGUGGAGCUGCCACCAACGGCCAAAAUGCACGCCAUCAUCGAGCGCACAGCCAGUUUCGUGUGCCGGCAGGGCGCCCAGUUUGAGAUCAUGCUGAAAGCCAAGCAGGCCCGGAACUCACAGUUUGACUUUCUGCGUUUCGAUCACUACCUCAACCCCUACUACAGACUUAUCCAGAAAGCCAUGAGGGAGGGGCGUUACACGGCUCCAGCAGGAAACAAAGCUGAAGAGGAGAAAAAAUCAGGGGUCGUCUCUGACAAUGAAGAUGAUGAUGACGAAGAAGACGGUAAUUACCUGCAUCCGUCUCUCUUUGCUUCCAGGAAGUGCAGUCGCCUGGAGGAGCUCAUGAAGCCUUUGAAGGUGGUGGAUCCCGAUCACCCUCUCGCAGCGCUUGUCCGUAAAGCCCAGGCCGACAGCUCCACACCCACCCCCCAGGCAGCCGAGGGCACAGCUGCACAACCCCCCCAGGUGGAAUACACGACCGACUCGACAGUGGCAGCCAUGUACUACAGCUACUACAUGCUGCCCGAUGGCACCUGCUGUCUGGCACCACCCCCUCCUGGGAUUGACGUGGCCACUUACUAUAGCACCCUGCCUGCUGGCGUGACCGUGUCCAGCUCCACCAGUGUGACUACCACUGCCCCUCCACCUCCCGGGACCACACCACCGCCCCCACCGUCCACCGCAGAGACAAGCAGUGGGGUGACCUCUACAACUACCACCACAAGUGCCCUGACCCCAGUGGCAGCCAUCAUCCCUCCACCCCCGGACAUCCAGCCUGUCAUUGACAAGCUGGCUGAGUAUGUGGCCAGGAACGGGGUGAAGUUUGAGACCAGCGUCCGGGCCAAGAACGACCAGAGGUUUGAGUUCCUGCAGCCCUGGCACCAGUACAACGCCUACUACGAGUUCAAGAAGCAGUUCUUCCUCCAGAAGGAAGGUGGUGACAGUGCACAGGCUGCGGCAGCACCAGAAGAGGCUCCCGCCGAGUCUGCCCCUGAGAAACCGAGUGAGGCCGUGGACGACGGGGUGUCUGAAGAUGCAGCUGAGGGAGGAGGAAGGGCACCCUCUGGGAAGAAGGAGGCGGCGUCCGGCAAAGCCGUGCCGGACGGGAAACUUGUGAAAGCAUCCUUUGCGCCAAUAAGCUUUGCAAUCAAGGCCAAAGAGAACGACCUGCUUCCCCUGGAAAAGAACCGUGUCAAACUGGAUGACGACAGUGAUGAAGAUGAAGAAGGCAGGGAGGGCCAGGAGAGCUGCAGCAGCGUCACCAGUGCGAACCCGGCCGUCGUCACACCCUGUGUGGUUGUGGAGGAAAAGAAACCACCUCUUACCCAGGAGGAGCUGGAAGCAAAACAAGCAAAGCAAAAGCUGGAGGACCGGCUCGCCGCUGCCGCCAGGGAGAAGCUCGCCCAGGCCUCAAAGGAGUCAAAGGAGAAGCAGCUCCAAGCAGAGCGUAAAAGGAAAGCAGCUUUGUUUUUACAAACCUUAAAAAACCCUCUGACAGAAGCAGAAGCUGGCAGGAUUGAGGAGAGCCCAUUCCCUGUGGAGGAGCCCAGUGCCACGGCUUGCACUCCGCCGGCUGUGGGGAGAGCCCUGCCCUCUGUGGAAGGAAAACCGCCUGGCCGACCUUCCAGCAGAGGCAGAGAGCCACCCCGGGAAGAAGAGAAGGAGAAGAAAAAGAAAAAGCACAAAAAGCGGUCUCGAACGAGAUCUCGCUCACCCAAGUACCACUCGUCAUCCAAGUCCAGGUCCAGGUCACACUCGAAAGCCAAGCACGCCCUCCCCAGUGCCUACCGGACAGUGCGGAGGUCAAGGUCCCGGUCCCGGUCUCCUCGGAGAAGGGUGCACUCUCCAGAGCGGCGCAGGGAAGAGCGGAGCGUCCCCACUGCCUACCGUGUGAGCAACAGCCCCGGGAUCAGCCGGAAGCGGACGCGCUCCAGGAGCCCCCACGAGAAGAAAAAGAAGAGGCGGUCACGGUCACGGACCAAGUCCAAGGCCAGGUCUCAGUCGGCAUCCCCCAGCAAGCAGUCUGCACAUAGGACAGCAGCGCGAUCAGCCAGUGUCUCUCCUGUGGAGAGCCGGGGGUCCAGCCAGGAGCGCUCCAGGGGAGUCUCUCAGGAAAAAGACGGUCAGAUCUCGUCCGCCAUUGUCUCCUCCGUGCAAAGCAAAAUAACUCAGGACCUUAUGGCCAAAGUGAGAGCAAUGCUUGCGGCUUCCAAAAACCUGCAGACCAGCGCCUCCUGA